UUUUAAUUUCUUUUAUUCAUAAAUUUGUACAUUCAGUCUGGAUUUAAUUUGUUCAUGAACUUCAAUUUAACAAUUUAUUGGGGAUUUAAUCGAAUUAGUUCACAUGUUAAAUUAUUCUUAAAUCUCUUGUUUUCCAAUUGGUACCAGUCGUCAAAUUGGUUAUGUUACUAAUACUAAUUGCUAAGAUUUUUUUAUUUCUGGUGAUAGCUGUUCGUUUUCCCCUUUCUAAUUUAAUUGGAAAAAUUUGCUCAAAAUACAAAGUAAUUUUGCAUAGAUAGUCAAUAGUUUAUCAUUUAAUGCGUAUUUCCAACCUUCAAAUUUAUAUUGCCACUGAUUUAAUGCAGCUUUAUUCGCAGUAUUCGUAUUAUGCCCCAGAAUGACUUUUUGCAUUUUGGAUGAAACGGAGCACUAGCUUGUUUUGAAGUUUAGUAGUUUGACAUUUGCAUAUACUCUAGAUAUCACUUGGCUUGAUUGCUCUUAGUAAGUUUAGGAGUUAGCAAAAUUAUACUACAUGGAUAACUUCCAUGGAAUUCCUCCUCCACCUGGUGUCCAGUCUGCGCCCAAUUUCGCUACUCCAGCUUCAUAUGUACAAUCGUCUCAGCACUUUGGAAAUGUCCCAAGUCCUCAUGAGCAAUUUGCCCAAUAUCAUAAUAGCCAUCCAUACGAUGUGCCUCCUUAUGCAGCUCCGCCCCCACAUGGGCAGACCUUUCAACAUGCUGGUCCACCACAACAUGCCCCUUAUCCUGACUAUGUACCUAAUAACUAUCAGUAUGGUAAUGGGUUUCCCCAUCCCAUGCCAGGCUAUCAACCUCCACAACAAAUGGUUUCCAAUGCCGGUAACUUCAAUGGCUUGCCGUACAGUAUGAAUCAGGCACCUCAAUCAGGAGCUGGAACUGGAGUUGCUGGUGACUCAUUGCCUUCAGGAAACGUGGUCGUUUCAGAGAAUAUAAUGCAGGUACCUCAAGUAAAUGAGCAGAAACAGAAGCUGGAUGAUAAAAUUGAUACUCAAUCUGGAACAGUGAUUUCCAAACCUUCAAGAGAUCCUCAAAAUGGCUUAUCUUCGUCCUUCGUAGUCGUGAAAGAUCAGAAGCAAAACCAACCAAAUUCACAAGUUGAAGCCACAGAGGGGAAUUCUAUAGUGGAAAAUGGACUCCAUUCUUCUGAAACAGAUAAAAUUGCUUCUGAAGAGAAUCAAGGAAAAUGUCACAAAGCUUCUUUGCACUAUCCUCAACGAUCAGAUGAUGAAAUUGAAACAGCUGCUCAAGUUGCUGUCUUACGUGAACAAGAAAUUUCCACCCAAAGGAUUAUAGAGAGCCAAAGACAAGCCAGAGGAACUAGCACUCUACCUGAAGAUAGGAAAGACUUCUUGUCAGGACAGUGUGAUCCCAAUGCUAUAAAGGAGCAUUUACUAAAGCUUACGGCAGAACAUAGAGCAGAAAUGACUGUAAAACGAGGGAAGCCCCCUGCUUCUGGGAAAGAUAACUUGGAGAUUGGUAAUGGCUAUGGUGUACCUGGUGGAGGCGCUUAUUCCAAUGCUGUACAACCUAGUGCUAGUGGUAUUGAAGUGAGCAACAAUAAUACUGGAUUGACUGGAGAAUUAAAUCAGAAGCAAGGGAUAAAGGAGUUGCCGGAGUACCUCAAAAAGAGGUUGAGAGCAAGAGGAGUUUUGAAAGAUGAUGCCGCUCUUGAUGACAAGCUAGAAGUUCAAUCAACUCAAUCAUCAGGGGAUAUCAACUUGCCUCCUGGAUGGGCUGAAGCCAAGGAUCCUGAAAGUGGUGCCACAUACUUUUACAAUCAAAGCACUGGAAAGAGUCAGUGGGAGAGACCUGUAGACACAAAUGCAAGUUCUCAAAACCCUUCAACGUCAGCAUUGGGAGAAGAUUGGGUGGAAGUACUUGAUGAAACAUCUGGUCAAAAAUACUACUAUAAUAAGAAAACUCAAGUUUCACAAUGGCAACCUCCUCAAGUAAUGCUGGAGGCUACUCCAGCGCAUGCUUCAGAUGUUACGUCCAAAAAUCUUCAUGAUAGUAAAUGGCCGGAGCAAUCUUCCAUGUCAGAAAGAUGCUUAGGUUGUGGUGGUUGGGGGGUGGGACUUGUACAGGCCUGGGGUUAUUGUAACCACUGCACUAGGACUCUCAACCUUCCUCAAAGCCAAUACAUAGCACAAGGUGGAAGCAGUCAACAGAGUAAAAUUGACAUGAAUGGCAGGCAAGAUUCAGACAGCAGAUCUUUGAACCAAAGGUCCAGUUCACGCCCACCAGUUGGUAAAGGCGGUAGAUACAAUAAGAAACGAACUUACAGUGAGGAUGAGGAGUUGGAUCCAAUGGACCCAAGCUCUUAUUCUGAUGCUCCUCGUGGUGGGUGGGUUGUAGGUCUGAAGGGAGUGCAACCACGGGCAGCAGAUACAACAGCGACAGGACCUCUUUUCCAGCAGCGUCCAUACCCUUCUCCGGGAGCUGUGUUGCGAAAGAAUGCAGAAGUGGCUUCACAAAAGAAGAAACCAGGCUCUCAUAACACUCCAAUCUCUAAGAGAGGUGAUGGAAGCGAUGGACUGGGUGAUGCUGACUAAUUUCCAAGCGAAUUUGGUGCACACAAAAUCGGUAAUAGGAUGAUUAUCCGUGGACCGCUUUAUAGAAAUUUACUCCCUCUGUUCUUGCGAGUCCCCUCUCCCUCCCUCCUUUGUGAUGAUCGCCUUUAUCCGCAGUGAACCGAACUCAAGGGGACAGUUAGACGGAGGAGCGUCGGGUUAGGCUAAGCUGUUUUGCCCUUGUAUUUGUAAAAGGUUGGUUCUUUUGCUACAUUUUAUAAAUCAUCUUACCCAGAACUAGGAGUAUUUAGUCGAAAACUCGAGUGUCAAAUCAAAUCAAAUUAAUUUAUAAUGUUGUAAGAUGAAAGUUUGUGAUAUUUUUCUUGAUACUAGAUGAAUCAGACCAUAACAUGAACUAUUUAUAGAGAUAAAAUCAAAAUAUGUAGUACUUCCUUUGGUGUAAUGCUCAUUGUUUUAAUAGAGAACCAUUAAUCCUUAUGAUCAA